GUACUUUCAUUAUUACCAACGUUUAGAUCAAAUGUCUUGUAGCAUUAGUAGUUCGAGAGUCUCUUUAUGUUUUGUUUGUACAUCAUAACCUUAAUUUUACAUUUAUUUAUAAAUAAGCCAGUCACCGGAGUUAUUUUGAUUUUUAAGAUAUAUUUUUAACCAUACACAAUAAAUGAAAUGAGUGAGCAAAUUAGAGAAGAAAUAUUACGGUUAAUGAAAGAAAGGGAUAAAAUGGAACAAGAGAUCAAAGAAUUGUCAGACAUACUCACCCUGAAUGGGGUAGGAAUGACCGAUCCACUAGUCGAUUCGGAAGGCUUUCCUGUAAAUACAAUUGAUGUCUACCAAGUCCGACAUGCAAGGCAUAGAAUUAAUUGUCUUCAAAACGAUCAUAAGCAAAUUAUGAAACUAAUUGAACAGGGACUUCAUGGCUAUUAUAGUACAACUUCUGCUGAAGGAGUCCACAGUAUUGAAGAUGUAGAUAUGGAAGGACGUCAGUGUACUGCAGUAGAGAUUCAUAAAGAACCAUUUGCAAAAAUUGCUAACGUUUUAGAAGGCUCGCCUGCAGAUCUUGCUGGAUUAUCACCUAAUGAUUUACUCGUUGAAUUUGGUUCAGUAAACGCAAGGAAUUUUAAAUGUCUAAAAGAUAUUGCUACUGUUGUUGAACAUUCUCAGGGACAACAAAUUAGAAUUAAAAUGAAACGUGGAGAUGCAUAUUUAAGCACGAAUCUAAUCCCCAGAAAAUGGCAAGGCAAAGGAUUAUUGGGAUGCAACAUUGUCCUUUUGGAACAGUAACUUACAAUUUAUUAAAUUUGUACUAUUGAUAUAAUAUAACAUAUAUUAACUUUGUACUAAUAAUACUGUUGUAAAAACGCUAUAAAAUAAUGCUAAGCUUUAUGUAACAAAUAAAAGCAGAAAAAAUAAAAAUCACAUGAAAAUAAA